CACCAGUGGCGAUCGACCGAUCUCUCUUAACCAAUCAGAUUCAGCGGCGGCUUACUGUGUGUCCGUGGUGUCAUCGUUGCUGGUCGCCUGAUCGAUCCCUGAUGCUACGUGACCAUGACGCAUCCUCUGCUUUCAACCUUUGUUCUUGCGGAUUAAGUUGAUGGGAUGCGACAUCGUGUUAUCUUCACUAAAAAGAACACAACCUUGGUUUGAUUGCUUAAUUAAUUUCCAAAUGCGCAAUCAUGCACCGGCAGCAUCGCAGAAAUGUCGAAGGCAGGCACAGGAGGGCUAGGGACAAGUCGCCCUGCAAAAUGCUAAUUUUUCAGGUAGUGCGAUAGCCAUUUCUUCUUCUUGCAGCACAAGAUGAUCUCACCGAGCUUCUUGGAGAGUAAGAAACUGUGAUUCUAUAAAUUCAGCUAAUCCAUCGAGGCACAGCACCAAGAAUUUCGAAGCAGCUGAGCUAAAAAUGGAGAUCAGCAGCAGCAGCAAGAAGCAUUUCAUCCUGGUCCACGGCCUCUGCCACGGCGCGUGGUGCUGGUACAGGGUGGUCGCCGCGCUGCGCGCCGCGGGGCACCGCGCGACGGCGCUCGACAUGGCCGCGUCGGGCGCGCACCCGGCGCGCGUCGACGAGGUGGGCACCUUCGAGGAGUACUCGCGGCCGCUGCUCGACGCCGUGGCCGCGGCGGCGGCGCCCGGCGAGCGGCUGGUCCUCGUCGGGCACAGCCACGGCGGCCUCAGCGUCGCGCUCGCCAUGGAGAGGUUCCCGGACAAGGUCGCCGCCGCCGUGUUCGUCGCCGCCGCGAUGCCGUGCGUCGGCAAGCACAUGGGCGUCCCGACCGAGGAGUUCAUGAGAAGAACUGCACCUGAAGGAUUACUUAUGGAUUGCGAAAUGGUGGCCAUAAACAAUAGCCAGGGCUCAGGAGUUGCAAUCAAUUUGGGACCAACCUUCUUGGCACAAAAAUACUACCAGCAAAGUCCAGCAGAGGAUCUGGCACUGGCGAAGAUGCUGGUGAGACCUGGCAAUCAGUUCAUGGAUGAUCCGGUGAUGAAAGAUGAGAGCUUGCUCACCAAUGGCAACUAUGGAUCGGUGAAGAAGGUGUACGUGAUCGCCAAGGCUGACAGCUCCAGCACCGAGGAGAUGCAGCGGUGGAUGGUGGCGAUGAGCCCUGGCACGGACGUCGAGGAGAUCGCCGGAGCUGACCACGCCGUCAUGAACUCCAAGCCCAGGGAACUCUGCGACAUUCUGAUCAAGAUAGCCAACAAAUACGAGUAGAAAAAUGCCAGUUUGGAAAUAAUCAGUGCUUCUUCGUCAUGAAGCCUACUUACAGUCCAUCGCUACAAGUAUAAAUAAUAGAAGUUUGGUUCUCAUUGCUUUGUUU